AUGAAUGAUUUGUCCUCACAUGGUGGAAACUCCGACCACAUAGCUGAAUACUUUGCCGUUUGUGGCCUUUCUGAAAAUCCUACACCUUUCGAUGUCACGGAAAUCCUGUUAAACGGUGAAGAGAUCGUGCUUUCGGAGUCAAAAUGCUUGGAUUUUUCUCGAUAUACGACCCCUAUAAUUGACAUUCAGUUGAUCAAUGUAAGUCAGAAAGAGCGUCCUCCUGAUGGCUAUCAGGUGAUUAAUAAAUCUAUCAGUGGGUCGACCGGAUGCUUUUUUCAGAAUCGUUCAGGUGAUGGCUUGUGCAUCUGCUAUCGUCGUGGUUAUGACAUUCCUCCAAUCGGUGAUAUCGGACUUGUAGAUACUGAGCAGAGAUUAAAGUCAAACUCGUCGAACAUCACGCACACCAUUGAUCAUCGUCCUGCAGUUAUCAUGAAGAAGCGUUUUCUCCCCAAUUCAAAUAUGUAUCUGUCGUACAGCCGACUGCAAAAAAACUACGGUGUUGAUGAAUUAGCACUUACAGAUAUCUGUGUAAUAUUAAAGAAGAAAGGAGAAUGUUGCCCAUUAGGAUACAAGGAGCUGCCGCAAAAGUUGUAUCACUCAUUGGUAUGUUAUUUGUUCCCAGGACUAUCUUUCUUCCUGCAAUUUUUCUCUCUCCUAUCGUUUAUUUUCCUACUUGAUGCUCCAUUCUGA